CAUAAGGAGUCGGGGUCUGGAGAUAUGCGGAGGGUGUGUAAAUUGUAAAAUUCACACCUUCUUGAACAAACCCUAGAAGACAUUAAUUUUUCGCUCCCACCCGUUUCUCCGUUCUUCUGAUUUAUUAAGGAGAAUUCAUUUUUCCCGUACUUCCAGUUUGAAUUCCAUAAAAAAAUGGAAAAUUCAGCUGCUUGCCCCAUCCCGUUACUCCUCCUGUUCUUCUUCAUGUUCUUCACGAUCUACCUCGUUGCCUACUUCAUCGUCUUCCGCAAUUGGAGCCCCAAUAUCCGACCCGAAUCUUCCAGCUGCUUUACCUCCCUUGCCCACGGCACACCUGCGGUUCUCUUGUCCACCUUUUCCAUACUCGCGGACUCAAACCGCGGUUUUGCCUCUCCCAACACCGACCGCCAGAACUUAGUCCUCGACUUCAGCAUUGCCUACUUCUUAAUGGACCUUCUCCACUACAUCGUCUUCUUCCCCAAGGACGUCCUCUUCAUCGCCCACCACUUGGCCACGCUCUUCGUCUUCGUCACCUGCCGCUACCUGGUCUCCCACGGCGCGUACGCCAUUCUAGUGCUCCUCAUCCUCGCAGAGCUCACCAGCGCCUGCCAGAACGCUUGGACCAUCGCGAAUGCGCGGAAGAACGACGUUGCAUUCGCCGCCAAAAUGUACGGCCUCCUGUCUCCCCCUUUUUAUACGGUUUACUCGAUUGCUAGGGGCCUUGUGGGACCGUAUUUCCUGUACGAAAUGUUUGCGUUUUACGUGAGUGGGGCAGCAAAGUGUGUGAUCCCGAAGUGGAUCUGGGUUUCUUGGAUUGUUGUGGUUCUUACGGCUAUUUCUGUUAGUAUAUUGUGGAUUUCAAACUUGUGGGUUGAGUUAUAUAGAGAAAGAACGGGCAAAUUGGAAAAGAAAAUUAGAUAGAAACAAUUAUGCUUUAGUGGCAACUUUUUCUUGUUUUUAGCCUCUGUAUUUUUAAUUUUUAUUUUGGAGAAGUUUUGAAAUUAGAGUAUCUUUUAAGCUCUAUAUCGUGCACGUUCCCAAACAGAAUGGGAGGUGGGUUUCGUGGAGAUAUAUGUGUCAGUUUGCAUUCAGCUUUGUACGUAGUAGUUUGGAUGAAAUGAAAAAUGUUCUUCAGGUGAACUAAUGGUUGUUUUCUUAGUGCCCUUUUGAAAGUUUCGUAAAAAUUAAUACUCCCUUUUCCUUUCCUUUUUAGAACGCCCUAAAAGGGAAGUACUUUGCUCUUCGAUUUUUAUAUAAUUUUCCAUUUUCUUCAAAAAAAUGAAAAAAUAAAAAAAUAAAAUGGAAGUCCCUCGUAACUCUAGUACGAAACAGGAAGUAUUUUGAGUAUCAUUCGUGUCAUUUAGAACCAAGACACAUUAUUUGGAACGGGGGGGCUAACGUUAUUUGAGACCAAAGUUUGACAGAAGUAUACGACCUAUGCGAAAUGGAUUAUAAUUAACAUGCCAGCAAUAUAGAGCAAUACAUUCGUUUGAACCUGAGACUUUUGCCCGACCAACCUCUUUUCCACACAAGCUAGUAUUCUGGGGCUGUUGAUUGGAGGAACCUUGUGCCCUCUCUUGAUAAAGGCAAGUAUUCUGCUGUUUAUGCUUAUAUAUGACGAGUAAUACAUAAUGUCUUUCACUCAUGCUGAGAACACACAUCAAGAGUUUGGUUAUCUUAUUGAUGAGUACAGAUAUAAUGUACUAACAUUAUUUGAUUUAUAACAGCAGCUGACUUUUCUGGUGUUUGAGGUGGUUUAAGAGUAGAAGUCGUAGGUCUUGGCUUGAAUUAUGACGUUUCUUAGCCCUCCAAUAGGUGAGAGAAUCAUCAGCAGGAGGCCCAGUAUGAUGCAGAUCUGAAAUUCAGCAAGCCAAAUUAGAUUAUCUGAUUUUGGAUUUUAAAGCUGAUGAAAGUACAGUGAGGACAAUGAAGCAUUAUUUAAGUUGAACAUACCCAGCUGGUACACCAAGAUAAACUGAACUUCUUUGGUUUGUAAAUGGCAAGCCACAUGAUGCAGGGGAGCUGAAGAAUGUAUGAUACAGGAAAAACUUAGGGAUGGAUUGCAGCUUGCGAAGUAUGUUGUUGGUGCAAAUGCAAAUCCUCCAAAGAAUCCCAGAAGACCACCAAAAAAAGGGAAGAAAAGAGCAACUGCAAAGCACACCUGAUAGCUGCCGAUGACAUGGACAAUGACAAACAGAUACUUGCAUUAUUUCACUGCCAGAGGACUGAGAUUACCUCAAAGACAUGACCACUGCCGCCAAUGAGACCCCAGAGAUGGAGUUGAAGUUUGGGAGGUGGGAGAGGACAAAAUGAACCAAAGCAAAAAUCAUGAUGAAGUAGGUAGUUUUGAUUGAUUUGCAAUCUUUGCAAAGUAUUUUAUGGACCUUUUGCAGCGAUUUCCCUCUGGUGACCAUAUACACAAUGUCCACUCCUACUUCGCAAAUGAGCUGUUGUGGUACCACAAUGCACAGACCAAGCUUUUCGCCAAAGGCUUGUUGACCCAGUUCAUGGUACCUAUCAAACCGUUUUCCUGGAAUCAUUUCAUGCAUUUCAACCAUUUGCCGUAGUGUGUAUAAAGUGAUUAUCCAUGAGAGUAUCAGGAUGACUACCCCAGGAACCCUGAAAUGAAAAAGAUAGAAAAGCAGCGCGAUGAUCAGGUUAACUCUUUCAGAAUACAGACUGAUGGGAGUCUGAAUAGCAAGCAUCCUCAGCAGAACUGUUACUUUUAUCAAUUCUGAACAGGAUUUCUAUUCCAGUUAUACUCUAUUAAAUUCUAGGGUUGAUGGAAUUAUGUUGCAACAUAUAUACUUAAAGCACAUCAUAACUAUACCAAUCAAUAAGGCAGUCUCAGAAAAUGAUACACAAUAACUUUGCCAA